UCGGAGCUCCUGCGCGCUGCCUGCCAGCCAAUCCGCUCUUCCGGGGUGCCCUUUGACCCCGUGCCUGCAGACUGGAGGUGCGGAAGAGUAGGGGUGCAGCCACGACCGCCAGUUACUCCAGAUUCUGUCUAGGCUGGAGGGAUGACCAAGGGAAAUUCUUGUGCAAGCAUGAAGGCCUGAAGAGGCCAUAUAGAACACUUGAUUUAAAUCUAGUCCUGGUCACAUGCAUCUGUAGCCCCAGUCCUGUGUAGGAACAGAGACCUGAGGACGGCCAGAGGUAGGAGAUGACAAGCUCUUGGAUCAGAAAGAUACUCUCAUCCAAAUAGAACCAGUGGAAGAACAGUGAAACAGGACACUUGACCUUCCACUCCAGCCACCACAGCAAAACAUUUAUUAUUUGGAUUGAAAGUAUGUCAUCAUGGCAAAAUUUCGUAGAAGGACUUGCAUCAUCUUGUCACUUUUUACUCUCUUUAUUUUCUCUCUGAUGAUGGGCUUGAAAAUGCUAAAGCCAAGGGCAGCCACUUUUGGAGCUCCUUUUGGACUUGAUCUUCUCCCAGAACUUCAUCAACAAAGUAUACAUUUGGAGAAAAAAACUGAUUCACAGAAGAGUGACAGAAUCAACAUUGAAACAAAUACCAAGACUGUAAAAUCUGCUAGAAUUACUAUGAAGCCUUCCAGAGCCUCAGAACCAACUGUGGAAGAACUACCACCUCUGAAUUACUUUUUACAUGCAUUUUAUUAUAGCUGGUAUGGGAAUCCACAAUUUGAUGGUAAAUAUAUUCAUUGGAACCAUCCUAUCUUGGAACAUUGGGACCCAAGAAUAGCCAAGAAUUAUCCCCAGGGACGGCACAAUGCUCCUGAUGACAUCGGCUCCAGCUUUUAUCCUGAGUUGGGAAGUUAUAGCUCCCGGGAUCCUUCUGUCAUAGAAAAUCACAUGCGACAAAUGUGCUCAGCUUCAAUUGGUGUACUGGCUCUGUCUUGGUAUCCACCUGAGUCACAUGAUGAGAAUGGAGAAAUCACUGAUAACUUGGUCCCAACUAUUUUGGAUAAAGCUCAUAAAUAUAAUCUGAAGGUCACUUUUCACAUAGAGCCAUAUAGCAAUCGAGAUGCUGAAAACAUGUACAAAAAUGUCAAAUACAUCAUAGACGAAUAUGGAAGUCACCCAGCCUUCUAUAAGUACAAGACAAAGACAGGGAAUGCUCUCCCGAUGUUUUAUGUCUAUGAUUCCUACAUCACAAAACCUGAAAAAUGGGCUAAUCUUUUAACUGCUUCAGGGUCUCAUAGUGUUCGUGGUUCUCCCUACGAUGGAUUGUUUAUUGCACUUCUAGUAGAAGAAAAACAUAAAUAUGAUAUUCUUCGAAGUGGAUUUGAUGGAAUUUACACAUAUUUUGCCACAAAUGGCUUUACUUAUGGCUCAUCACAUCAGAACUGGGCUAGCCUAAAGUUGUUUUGUGAGAAGUACAACUUAAUAUUUAUCCCAAGUGUUGGCCCAGGAUACAUAGACACCAGCAUACGUCCUUGGAACAUGCAGAACACCCGAAACCGCAUCAACGGGAAGUAUUAUGAAGUUGGUCUGAGCGCAGCACUUCAGACCCGCCCCAGUCUGAUUUCUAUCACUUCCUUCAAUGAGUGGCAUGAAGGAACUCAGAUCGAAAAGGCUGUUCCCAAAAGAACCAGUAGCACAGUGUAUCUGGAUUACCGGCCUCAUAAACCAAGUCUUUAUUUAGAACUUACUCGCAAGUGGUCUGAGAAAUACUGUAAGGAAAGAACAUCAUAUGCAUUGGACCAACAGGUGUCUGUUACUUAAUGCUACAGCUCAGAACCUAUCAAAGUCACCUCACUUCAAGGAAUGCUUUUUGUUUUUAGUUAUGGAAAAAAGCCUGUCAAUAUGCACUUACUACUGUUACUUCUAAUAACUAAUAGUGCUCUGAUGUUAUCAUUUCUAUGAUAUCUUGUCAUUCUUACUUGUCAUACUUACUCCUGUUUAUUAUUUUAAAUCCAGUGCUCACAGCGACUCUUGACUAAGAUAGGAAAAUGUUAAUACUUAGCUGCUAAGUUCUAAGUCCUUUUUGUUAUUACCACAUGUAAUAGAGAAAAUAUACUUAGCAAAAGUUUUGUAUUUAAAGUAAUUCCUAAAGGAAAAAAAAUACUAUAUGUUUGUGUAUAAUCACAUCCUUCUCCAAAAUUGCCACAUGUUUUUGGUGUCUAUCAGGUAAAAAUUGUGUUAAUAUCUGUCAUAUUAUAUGAGUUAGUCAUUUUUUAUUUAAAAUAAACCUCUUAAAAACUGAAGAAUAAUAAAUACAUUUCAAUGGAACUGAUACUUAUAAUCAUAGCAAAAAUUCUGGUCUGUAAAAGCAAGCAUUAUUUCUGUGUAUGUAGUUUUCUAAGAGAAGCAGCAGUAGAUUCCAAUUAUUAGUACAUUUGAGUACUAACCUGAAGACAUCAGGAAGAACCCGCACUGAAUUUAUCAUGAAGCAUACCAGCACAUACAAACUAAUUCUUACUUAUUUUCAUUAGCAUAAAAAGAAUUAUGUCUCCUUUUAGUUAAAAACACAUUCUUAAAUAAUUCUUUUAAAAUGAAACUGACUUAAAUAGUUCCCUAAACCAACUUAUAACUUUAGAAUUUUCUAUUGCUUGGAGAAUGAUUAAGCUACAGGAGAUUAUGAAAACUGUAAUCUGAUACACUUUCAGGGAAAAUUAGAAGAAUAAAUUAAUAUAACAAAUAUUGAUAUAACAAAGCAUCUUCAUGGAAGCAAUCAGAAAUAGAACCUGUGGAAUUUUCUCCUUUAUUCAGUUUGCCACUGCUGUUUAAAGGCAGGUUAUCAACAUGUCAAGCAUGAUAAUCUUUUAAACCAUAAAAAGUAAACUAUUGCUUUGAAAAAAUGUUUGCUACAGUGGAAUGUUCUGUAUUUCUGUGUUGUCUGUUUGAACUUACCAUAAUAGAAAAUGAAUUUGGGUCUGAGGAUAUAGCUUGUCUAGUAUGCACAAAGCUCUGGAAUUGAAACUGGGCUUGGAUUGUUUGCCUGUAUACCAGCAUUAGUGAGGUGGACCUAGGAGAAUCAGAAGUUUAACAGUCAAGAAAUUUAGUGGUAGGGUGCCAUCACUCUCUACCUUGUUUCCAUUCUGGACAUAGGUGAGUCACCACACAGCUCUUGUGAUUCCCCAAAACAUUCUCCCAGACAAGAGCAAUCAAUCAUAUUUUAAUGUGAGAUAAAACAAAUUCUGUCUUCAUUUUAAAAAAGUCAUUCUCAAGGCAAAAUGACUGGAAUAUCUUUUCAUACAGACUUGCUAGUGGAUAAUUACUUAAAUCUACUUUCUUCUUUUUGAAAAAAAUAACCAAAUGAGAAUCAAAAAUAUUCAGGGAAGAGCUGGAGAGAUGGCUUAGUGGUUAAGGUGCUUGCCUUUGAAGCUUAAGGAUCCAUGUUCAACUCCCCAGAUCCCACAUUAGCCAGAUGCACAAGGUGACACAUACACAAAGUGGCACAUAU